UCGUGUCCUCGGGAUUCUCUCGUCACAGUCUCUCUUCCUCGUGCCACUAAGAAUAAAAAGCCCGCUUCACUCAAACUUUUUCACACAUUUGCCUCCUAAACUCUCACGAUGCUGCAGCUGUUGACAUUCCUGGUGGAGAAGCUCUCCCUCGUGUCCAACUUCAAACUUUUUGAGUCCAGCUGGUUGGACGGUAAGGACCAUGAGCUCCCUGCACAGCGCGGUCCGCUGCCGCCCCCCCGGAGAGGAGACCUGCUUGAGGUCCCAAGAACCAUCUUCACCCACUACGGUAUUUACCUAGGAGACAAUAAAGUAGCUCACCUGAUCCCUGACAUCCUCCCUGUGCUUACAAAAGACGAGAAGCUCAUCAGCUCUGUCAUAACAAACAAGAGACUCAUCCUCGGCUGCAUGUAUAAGGCUGCUACGGUACGCGUGGACACACUGGAAGAUUUUGCAUAUGGCUGCAACAUACUGGUUAAUCGUACGGAUAAGUUGAUGAAGGCGCAAGCGUUUCCCAAUGAAGUUGUCGCCAGGAGAGCUGAAAAACUCAUGGGAGCAAUCCCCUACAGUCUGCUGUGGAAUAACUGUGAGCACUUUGUGACAUACUGCAGAUACGGGUCUGCAGCGAGCCGCCAAACAGAGAAGUUCUGUGAGUGUCUGAAAUCAAUCAUCAGAGACCAGCGCAGCGUCAUUGUUACAGGACUGCUUGGAAUUAUCUCCAUCGUUUGUUUUGGCAUGGCACCUUCAACGACAUUACCUACAAUUCUUGUUCCCUUCACUCUGUGGAUGGCCGGUUAAAGGGGCUCAGCACUAAGAACAUGCAAAUGAACUGACUGGCAAAGAAGGCUGACUGGAAACCUCUUCCAAAUGGUGCAUUAUUGUCAUGCGAUGCCUUAUAAGUCUGCUUUACAACAAUACUUUCAUUUUAUUGUGUAGACAAU